UGAUGAUAAUGGGUUAUGAACGACGCUAGUGAUCCUCUAAUAAGUAUUUUAAGUAUUUUUGUUUUGAAUGAAAAAAUGAUAACAAUGUAAUAUAUUGUUCAUUCUCAUAUGACACUUAUGUUUUUUAAAAGAGCAUUCUUUCCACUUUCAAUAAAGAUCCUGAAACCCCUUCAUAAGCAGAGCCUGACUAGUAAUGGGAUAUAAAUCAACUAUUUACAUGUAAAUUACUAACUUGAAUACUUGUUCCCCGUCCCCUAUGGCUACAACGCAAAACGCUCUUCCUAACUACAACAAGCAAAAUUUGUAUCGUAGACUUAUAAUUUAAGUUUUUCUUAAGAAUAUCUAACUAAGCGCUUUUUUUUGCUUACAUACAGACAGGUAUCUGCAUGAAUAUUAAUAACCUCCCCAGCCAUUAUUCCACAGCAUAACCUCUUCGACCAUUCUUAAAAAAAACUAGACUCAAACAAAGACGAUCUUUCAUAGUCAAUAUGGGUGUUGCAGAAAAAAUUUUAGAGAUUGAGGCGGAAAUGCGCCGGACGCAAAAAAACAAGGCAACUGAAUAUCACUUGGGUCUUUUAAAGGGAAAACUUGCGAGGCUUCGUACCCAGUUGCUUGAGCCUACCACGAAAGGAGGACCAAAAGGUGAAGGUUUCGAUGUAGCAAAAAGCGGAGAUGCUAGAGUUGCUUUUAUUGGUUUUCCAUCUGUUGGUAAAUCUACUCUUCUUUCUUCGAUUACAAAAACCCGAUCAGCUACCGCUAAUUAUGAGUUUACAACGCUGACUGCCAUUCCGGGGGUCUUAGAAUAUGACGGUGCUGAAAUUCAAAUGCUGGAUCUUCCCGGUAUCAUCGAAGGUGCCUCUCAAGGAAGAGGUGGUCGCCAAGCAGUUUCUGCGGCAAGAACUGCUGAUUUAAUUCUUAUGGUUUUGGAUGCCACAAAAGCAGCAGACCAACGUGAAAAAAUUGAGUAUGAGCUUGAGCAAGUGGGCGUACGACUCAAUAAAAGGAAGCCAGACGUUACCAUAAACUAUAAAAAGAACGGUGGCAUCAAGUUUAAUCAUACAGUUCCUCUGACCCAUAUGGAUUAUAAGAUGGCUUUUAACAUCCUUCAUGAAUACAAACUUCAUAACGCUGACAUAUUAAUUCGUGAAGAUAUUACUGUGGAUGACUUCAUUGAUGUGGUUAUGGGGAAUAGAAGGUACCUUAAUUGUCUCUAUUGCUACAGUAAAAUCGAUGCUGUCUCUUUAGAAGAGGUUGAUAGACUAGCCCGUUUGCCCAAAUCCGUGGUUAUUAGUUGUAAUUUGAAACUGAAUUUGGAUUUCCUAAAGCAAAGAAUCUGGGAGGAACUUAGUUUGUAUAGAAUCUAUACCAAACGGAAAGGUGAAGUUCCUGACUUUAGUGAAGCUUUGAUUGUUCGUAAAGGCUCCAAUAUUGAACAAGUUUGCAACAGAAUUCACAGAAGCUUGGCUGAACAACUUAAAUAUGCUUUGGUAUGGGGAAGUUCCGCGAAACACAGUCCUCAAUUAGUCGGUCUCAAUCAUUUGGUACAAGAAGGAGAUGUGGUAACCAUUGUUACAAAGUGAUGAAAAGGUAUAAAUUUGUAUACCCUUAAAAAUACGAAGCGUGCUUCGUUAACGCUUUGCUACAUGGUUUAGAAAAAAUAUACAUAAUUAUUUUGAUUAACAUUUAAUAUAAUGAUGAAAAGGAAGUUCAAGAUUUUCAGACACAUGUUCUAUAUGAUCUAAAU